AUGGCACGUCCUACUAAGAAGCAGAUGGAGGAGGCCAAGAAGUCCGCCGCCGCCUCUGCUCCCAUCGUUGCGCCUGCACCUCUCCCCAUCGCCAUUCCUGCCGUCCAGCCUGCUCCCCUUGUCGCUCCCGGCCUGGUUCACCAGCAGCCUCGCCACAUUGACCCCGAGGGCUUCAUUCGCGUUCGCGACUCGGUCCACCAGCGUCUCCUCACCAUCUUGGAGCUCAUCAAGUCGUUCUCUGUCGACUACUACCGCCAGACCAACCUGCUUCUGGGCGAGUCCGCUAAUGAAGGCAUCCCGGGCAUUGAUAUCCCCAUUACCAACCUUGAGCAUGCCGCCCAGCACCUCGUUGGCAUCAACGGCCUGAUGCAGGCGGGCCCUGAGUAUGGCGCCCCCAUCGUUGAGGAGAAGAAGGAGCGCAAGAAGCGCACCCACGACCCCAAUGCCCCCAAGCGCCCCCUGACUCCCUACUUCCUGUACAUGCAAACUGCUCGUCCCAUCAUCGCCAGCGAUCUUGGCACCGACGCCCCCAAGGGUGCUGUCCAGGAAGAGGGCCAGCGUCGCUGGAAGGCCAUGGGCCAGCAGGAGAAGAGCGGUUGGAACAACGCCUACCAGUACAACCUUCGUCUGUACCAGGCCCGCGUUCACUCGUACAAGGCUGGUAACGUCGACGCUCGCGUCAUGAACGACGACGAUGCUCUGGUCUACGCGGACAACAACGACAUCCCUCUGCCUCACGUUGACGGCGAGGCUGUUGCCGAUGACCAAGACGCCAUUGCCCAGCAGCUCCAGCAGGCUGCCCCUGUGGCCCAGGCGUCUGAGGAAGAGGCCUCGGAGGAGGAGACGCCUGCGCCUUCCAAGACGCCGAAGAAGGCUGCCAGCCGCAAGCGCAAGUCGGAUGCCGCUGACGUCGAGCCCAAGUCCACGCCUGCUGCUGCCACGCCUGCCGAUAAGAAGAGGCGUCGUGUGAGCAAGGCCGUUGACACAGAGACCAAGGACGAGCCCACGGCGACGAAGAAGAGCCGAGGCAAGAAGGCUAAGAACUGA